AUGUUCAGUCUGGAUCGGUUCUGUAGGUUUGAUCAGUCUGAUCUCUGUUACGCAGCUCUGGGACACAAACUCAAUCUGCUGAUGGUGCAGGACACUAGUAAAUAUGACCUGAUGUUAAUAAAGAGAAUAAACAACACACAAGAUGAUCCAGUUUGUAGAGUAAAAUAUGGCAGGAUGAAGGAAUGUGAUCUUUAUAAUAACAGAGCUGAAGUGACAGUCAUUAAUGGGACUCUGAUAAUAAACCAUGUGAUCAGAGCAGAUUUGGGGAAUUACAGAUUAAGACUCAGUCACUCAGAUGGGACAGAAACAUCUAGAGAUCUUCAAGUGAUUGUUGAAGGUCUGGAUCGGUUCUGUAGGUUUGAUCAGUCUGAUCCCUGUUACGCAGCUCUGGGACACAAACUCAAUCUGCUGAUGGUGCUGGACACUAGUGAAUAUGACCUGAUGUUAAUAAAGAGAACAAACGACACACAAGAUGAUCCAGUUUGUAGAGUAAAAUAUGGCAGGAUGAAGGAAUGUGAUCUUUAUAAUAACAGAGCUGAAGUGACAGUCAUUGAUGGGAGUCUGAUAAUAAACCAUGUGAUCAGAGCAGAUUCAGGGAAUUACACAUUAAGACUCAGUCACUCUGAUGGCACAGAAACAUCUAGAGAUCUUCAAGUGAUUGUUGAAGCUCCUAUUGGUUCAGUGAAAGUGUCAGUCAGCUGCUUCUUCAAUCAGAGGUCAGUGUCCUGCUCAUCUGAGGGUGAUCAGAUCAUCUACAACUGGACUCUGAAUGGAGAAAUACUAAAACAAGGACUGAUGGAUGGAAACAGCAGGAUUGAUCUGGAUGAAGGAACUGAUGGAAACAUCAGCUGCAGUAUGAAGAACCACAUCAGUCACGCACAGAAGACCAUUAGUGUCGAACCCUGUCCUGGUCUGGAUCGGUUCUGCAGGUUUGAUCAGUCUGAUCUCUGUUACGCAGCUCUGGGACACAAACUCAAUCUGCUGAUGGUGCUGGACACUAGUGAAUAUGACCUGCAGAUAAUAAAGAGAAUAUACAACACACAAGAUGAUCCACUUUGUAGAGUAAAAUAUGGCAGGAUGAAGGAAUGUGAUCUUUAUAAUAACAGAGCUGAAGUGACAGUCAUUGAUGGGACUCUGAUAAUAAACCAUGUGACCAGAGCAGAUUCAGGGAAUUACACAUUAAGACUCAGUCACUCAGACGGCACAGAAACAUCUAGAGAUCUUCAAGUGAUUGUUGAAGGUCUGGAUCGGUUCUGUAGGUUUGAUCAGUCUGAUCCCUGUUACGCAGCUCUGGGACACAAACUCAAUCUGCUGAUGGUGCUGGACACUAGUGAAUAUGACCUGCAGAUAAUAAAGAGAAUAUACAACACACAAGAUGAUCCACUUUGUAGAGUAAAAUAUGGCAGGAUGAAGGAAUGUGAUCUUUAUAAUAACAGAGCUGAAGUGACAGUCAUUAAUGGGACUGUGAUAAUAAACCAUGUGAUCAGAGCAGAUUCAGGGAAUUACACAUUAAGACUCAUUCACUCAGACGGCACAGAAACAUCUAGAGAUCUUCAAGUGAUUGUUGAAGCUCCUAUUGGCCCAGUGAAUGUGUCAAUCAGCUUCUCCUCCAAUCAGACUUCAGUGUCCUGCUCAUCUGAGGGUGAUCACAUCAUUUACAACUGGACUCUGAAUGGAAUAAUAUUAGAACAAGGACCAAUGGUUAGAAACACUACCAUUCAACUAAAUGAAACAUCAGCUAUUGGAAACAUCAGCUGCAGCGUGAAGAACAACGUCAGUUAUGGAGAGAAAACCAUUAGUGUCAAACCCUGUCCUGAACCAACUACUGCACCUGUGACCUCUAGUUUGACCUCUACAGUGACCUCUACAGUGUCCAGCACUAUACAGACGUCAGACUACAUUACAAGCUUUUCAUCAGCUGGUACGAAUCAAACCCUCACUCAGAGCCCUGAAGCAAAUCCUUCACAGUUGUGUCUGGAUCGGUUCUGUAGGUUUGAUCAGUCUGAUCCCUGUUACGCAGCUCUGGGAGACAAACUCAAUCUGCUGAUGGUGCUGGACACUAGUGAAUAUGACCUGCAGAUAAUAAAGAGAAUAUACAACACACAAGAUGAUCCAGUUUGUAGAGUAAAAUAUGGCAGGAUGAAGGAAUGUGACCUUUAUAAUAACAGAGCUGAAGUGACAGUCAUUAAUGGGACUGUGAUAAUAAACCAUGUGAUCAGAGCAGAUUCAGGAAAUUACACAUUAAGACUCAUUCACUCAGGCGGCACAGAAACAUCUAGAGAUCUUCAAGUGUUUGUUGAAGCUCCUAUUGGCUCAGUGGAAGUGUCAAUCAUCUGCUCCUCCAGUGGGGUGAUGAGGGCGUCCUGCUCCUCUGAGGGCGAUCAGCUCCUCUACAACUGGACUCUGAAUGGAGAUUCACUGAUGGAUGGAAACUCCAGCAUUGAUCUGAAUGAGGGAACUGAUGGAAACAUCACCUGCAGUGUGAAGAACCACGUCAGUCACGGACAGAAGACCAUUAAUGUCAAACCCUGUUCUGGACCAACUACUGCAUCUCCAGUGAGAAAGGAUUCAGAACAUGGUAUGAGUUUCUCAAAAGCUGCUUUACAUAUUUCUCUGAUUGUUUUGGGCUGCAUUGCACUGAUCCUGAUUCUGCUGUUCAUCACUGUAUGUCACAUUUACAAAAAAAAACAGGUCAAAUCAACACCAGACAUUUUUAAAGACAACUGGACCAAAAAACAAAAGCAGAAACAUUAUACACAUGCCACUGCUGGCAAUGCGGAGAUCAUAUACGCUGAUAUCUCUCAUGAGAAAACGAGUAAAAAAGGCAAACAGUGCAGUUGCUCCUCACAAGCCCUCCCGGAUGCUGAUGUGGAAUAUUCCGCGCUUAAACCGCAGAAGAAGAGGAAGGAGAAAAAGCAGGAAGAGGUUCAGUACGGCGAGGUGAGAUUCAUUCAAAACCGCUCAAACGCUCACCAGCGGCCUCAGGAGGAGUGUGUUUACUCUCAGAGUGUGAGCUGUAACACAUGUGUCUAG